ACCUCUACCUCCAACUUUUUUCCCAAUGAGAAGGAAUGCCAACAUGUAUCGCGACUCUUCUUCUACAUGGAAGACGAUAGGAAUUAAUUUUGGGUGGCGGGUGCUUGAAAGAGGGCAUUGGAGUUGUCGUGUAUUAUUGUAGAUUAGACGCGGCAUGAUUGGGGGAUACAGGCAGGGUAUCGGGGAUUCGAAGAUAACAAAGUUCAGCUCAGCCCCCAAUCCAAUCCCGAUGGACAUUUCAUAGAAUUUGAUUGGCUGCAUAUCAUAGACUGUCGCUGCUCCUAGGUGAUCUAUUGUGAUCAGUCGGGCAUAGAUGCUUCGUCUGCUUGGACCUCGAGAGUGCUGUUUUCUGAUCAUCCUUCCCAACGGCCAACAACAACAUUGAAGUAUCCGAUGAAUCAGUCUGCAUAUCCUCCACCUAUCGUGGUGUCUCCAUCAGGGAAUUGGGAUGGUAACGAUGGAUCUUGGAGCACAUUCAUUGUUCGAGUUGGCUCGCCAGAACAAUUAUUCAGGGUCCUACCCUCAACGGCGGACUCCAAAACAUUGGUGCCUAUGCCUGAAGGCUGUACAGAAAGUGACCCUGAAGAUUGCGGAGAAAGUCGCGGGGUUUUUGUGGUGGAUGGGCAUCCGAGCAAUGGGUUUCAACAUAAUCGGUCGACAACAUGGAACCAAGUUGGUCUGUACAAAUUGGGACUUGAAGAGAACCUGAACUACACAGGAGCAGCAUUAUAUGGGCUUGACAACUUGGGACUGAAUGUUCCACAAUCUGGUGGUGUUACGCUUCCCCGACAGAUUGUUGGCGGCGUUGCAACUAAAGACUACUAUCUCGGACACUUCGGCCUGGGUGAUCGACCAACGAACUUCUCGGAUUCCGAACACCCUCAACCAUCUUAUCUCAGAACUCUACGAGAUGAAGAGAAAAUACCGAGCAUGUCGUAUGGAUAUACGGCUGGUGCUUCAUAUCGAACGCCUCAAAUUACUGGAAGCCUAGUGCUAGGUGGUUAUGAUGAGACAAGGAGAAAGAACAUCGAAACAUCAUUCCCCUUCGAUCCGAGCGGCUCGCACAUGAUAAGUCUCACUGUCCAAAGUAUCGACACGACAAACUCGCUUCUGGGACCUAUGACCGUUCACGACACUCCUUUCUACGUAAAUAUUGACUCAACAAUCCCGCAUCUCUGGCUCCCUGUACAGGCCUGCGAAAAAUUCGAGCAAGUUUUCGGUCUGCAAUACGACCCCACUACCCAGUUAUACCUUGUGAAUUCGACAUCGCACGACCGGCUCAAGCAAAUGAACCCAAGCAUCAAUUUCCAGCUCGGCGCAUCUCGUGACCCAAAUAGAGUGGUCAACAUCAACUUUCCAUACGGAGCGUUUGACCUCCAAGCGUCUCACCCUUUUUACCCCAACGCCACGAAUUACUUCCCUAUUCGGCGUGCGAACGAAACACAGUUCACGCUAGGUCGAACCUUUCUUCAAGAAGCUUAUCUUAUCACGGACUACGAGAACCAGAAUUUCUCAAUAUCGCAAGCAGCAUUCGAAACUCCCCUGCAAGAGCGCAUCGUACCUAUUGUAAGCAAAGAUUACGCCAACAGGUCCACCAACGCGAGCAAGACGUAUAUUGGUUCGAGCGCGUUAUCAAAUCCCGCGAUUGUAGGGAUAAGCAUCGGCAGCUUUGCUUUUAUUCUCGUUGUAGUAGCCGCGUUCUACUUUUUCUUCAAGAUCAAGAAAGACACGGCCGAGUCCAAGUCCAUGCAACCCAAGGUCGAGCAAAGCUCUUCGGAAUCUGGGUCAAACCGCGUAGAAGUGCCAGAUAAUGGGCAAUGCGAGAUGGAUGCUGUUCCAACUCUUAGAGAACUCAACGGUUCGGAGGUAUACAUGCAUGAAGUGGACGCGUGGCAUGCAGCAGAAGUCGCGGGCAGCACUCCACUGCCUUCGGGAGCUCAUGAGAUGAGUACAUGA